AUGCCAUUCCAGAAUGAAGAAGUGAUAGUUGGUUCUGCGCCUUUCAUGUUCUUUUUUUCGCAGAUCCAACGCGAUCUUAAUCAGGAGACAAAGCUGCUACAGAAAAGAUUGGAGAAGGAGUUAAUCAAGAAACAUGAGUUGGAAGAUAGAAUUGACGUUCUUUUGCGUGACAAACUCUCUUCCACGAAGACUUCAGCCUACGUGAAGAAAAUGGCGACCAACGUGCACAACCAGAGUCGUGAAUUGGAGGCUCAGGCAGCAGUAUUGGAAAAUACUCUGGCCAAUGAUGCUCUUGAAGUUGCCCGGAUUCGGGCGGAGACAAAGGUUAUGGAGGAGCAAGCUCAAGGCCUAGAGAAGGAGAUCGCAAAACGCUCUGAUGACUUCGCCUCUCUGCAGCAGAAGAUCAAGCAGGCCAAUCUUACAGUUCAACGCAAGCAGAAUCAUAUUGACGCACUUAACCGCAAGCUGCAACAUCUGCUGAAGGAUACCGGGGGUAUAGAACUAGGACCUCUGGAGAUUAUGCGCAAUCACUUGAUAAAGAGCAUUGCAGCUAAACAAGAGGAGAUCAGCACUCUUGAGCAGCAAUGGCUGCGCGAACAGACGGAACUGAUGAACCGAGUGAAGGAGAAGGAAAACCUUGCUGAGGAACUCUCUCGCCAACAGGUCUGUCUGGCCGUCUUGAACAGGAAAAAAUUGCGGCUGGACUCCGAUAUAAAUAAUAUCGAGAAGGAGAAGACACAGUUGAACCGCGACUUGGUGCGCUUGCAAAACAGCAUGGUGCGCUUGAAUAAGCGCAUCUUUGGGCAGCGGUCCAGUGGGACUGCACUGGAACAGGAGAAUCGGCUGGCGGAAGAAGAUUUUAUGCGGCGUAUUCGAGAGAAGGAGGCACAAGCCGUAGAAUCAGAAGCUCAGUUAGAGGAUGCUGUAAGGGAAAAGGAAGAUUUAUUGGCAGAAUUGCUAGAGACGGAACGUCACAUACUACUGUGGGAGAAGAGAGUGCAACUGAUCAAUGAGACACGUCAGGCCGUUGACUCAGCCAGUGGUUUGGCCGAAUUAAAGGCUAUUCGCGUGGAGAUUCAUCGUAUGGAAGCCCGCAAGGCACAGAUAGCUCGACAACAGGAGCAGCUGAUUCAAGCACUGGAAAAGUCCGUUCAAAAAGCGCUACAUAGACAUGAGAACUCUACGCAAGCGAUCGGUGAGUUCGAUGAAGAGUCAGAGAAAUUGGAGGCUGAAUCAAAGCGACUUGAAGGUGACUUAGAGGCCAAGUAUUGUGCAUGCGAAUCGGUUCGAAAGCGAUCAGUUGAGCUGACCAAACAGUUGCAGCAAUUAGCUGAAUAUCGACAAAAGAAUCUGAUAGAGCUGCAAAUGCGCCAACACGCCUCGCGGUAUUGGGAGCAGCUGUUGGCUGGCCGCUAUCGCCGUAUUUGUCCCACUCGGCAGGCGGCACGCAGCGAACGCGAGCGCCAAAUCGGUCGGAUGCGCUCCAUGCUGGCAGUAGUGGAUCGGCUAACCUCUGAGUUUCCUAUGGUCAAACACGAUCUUUCGGUCGUACGGCAAAUACUGACAGAGAAGUUGGAAAAGGAAGAGAACUCAGACGUCAUGGAUUCUCAAACUGACCGCACCGAAUAG